GGUAUAAAAAAGUCCGAAAUUUGUUACAAAUUAUACAAUUAUGUAGGUAUCUACGAAUAAAUAAUAAGUCUUAUAAUACUUAUUAUUUAUUCGUGGGUAGGUACAAACCUGUAACAUGAUUUUGAUUUUACUGAUGCUAUUAGUGUGGUGUUCAAAUUAAUUUAAAAAAAACAUCCAUGGAAUUACUGAUAUCAUGUUCUGAUAAUUAAUUUUAUUAUGCACAGAAGCAUUGCAAAAAUGUUGGAAACAUUUCAAUUACUUAUCGAUACUAUACCUAUUUUUGAACAGCGUACGGUAUCUUAAGCUGAUAAGCUGACUGCUUAUGCUGAGAUAAUUCAAUGUUAACAAAAUAAUGUCAACCUUUGGGUUCAAAAGACGUAAAAUACAAUGACAUCAAGAAAACGAAUUUUCGAUUUAUUGCGAACGAUAAAUAUUGCAUCUUGCCAAUGUCCUGCGCACGGUUACAGAGGAAAUAUUCAAGUUUCAAAUGCAACACCAUUAAAAGAUUAUGCAUUUGAGAUCAAAUGCUCAACAGUUCGAUAUGGGUUAGGUGUAACUCGUGAAGUAGGCCAGGACUUAGUAAAUUUAAAUGCUAAAAAUGUAUGCGUCAUGACAGACCCUAAUGUUGCAUCUUUGAGUCCUAUGAAAGCUGUUCUGGAUUCACUCACUAGAAAUGGAAUAAAUUAUAAAGUUUAUGAUAAAGUGAGAGUAGAACCUACAGAUGGCAGUUUCAAAGAUGCAAUUCAUUUUGCAAAGGAAGGAAACUUUGACAGUUUUGUUGCUAUUGGUGGGGGAUCAGUGAUGGAUACUUGUAAAGCUGCCAAUUUGUACUAUAGUGACCCUGAUGCUGAGUUCUUGGAUUAUGUGAAUGCUCCUGUUGGCAAAGGCAAAGCUGUCAAUAUACAGGUUAAACCAAUGAUUGCCAUACCAACUACGAGCGGCACGGGCAGCGAGACCACCGGCGUCAGCAUUUUCGAUUACGAAGAAAUCCACGCUAAAACCGGUAUAUCUCAUAAUGCUCUCCGACCGAUACUAGCGUUAAUUGAUCCGCUUCACACUUUGACAGUGCCCGAGAAAGUAUCAAAUUAUUCUGGUUUCGAUAUAUUUUGCCACGCUUUGGAAAGCUUCACAGCGAUACCGUUCACUGAAAGAGGGCCCGCGCCUGCUAAUCCGGCUCUCAGACCAGCAUAUCAAGGCAGCAAUCCCAUAUCUGAUGUUUGGGCGCGAUUUUGUUUGCAGACCCUGCAAAAGUAUUUCGUUCGUUCAGUGAACAAUUCUGGAGACGUGGAAGCGAGAUCGAGCAUGCAUCUGGCGGCGACGAUGGCGGGCGUCGGCAUCGGAAACGCGGGCGUACAUUUAUGUCACGGGCUAGCGUACCCGAUAGCUGGAAACGUUAAGAGUUUUGUUCCCGAGGACUAUGGUUCCAAUCCGAUAAUCCCUCACGGCCUGUCGGUUGUAAUGACAGCGCCGGCUGUUUUCCGAUUCACCGCAUCUAGUGACCCUGAGAAACAUCUAGAAGCAGCCAGUCUGCUAGGAGCUGACGUCACCAACGCUAAGAGAAAAGACGCCGGUAGAAUACUCUCCGACGUCAUACUCUUGUAUAUGGAUAAGUUGAAGAUUGAAAACGGAUUGAAGGCAUUAGGAUAUACUAAUGACGACAUACCGGACUUGGUCAAGGGUGCUUUACCUCAGGAUCGUUUAUUAAAAAUCGCUCCAGUGACACAAUCUGAAGAGGAUUUAUCAAAAUUGCUGGAGGAAUCAUUGACCAUUUACUAAUUGUUUCAAUGUAAGUUAAUGUAAAUUGUAUUUGAUAGUGAUUGCUCAAAUGAAACAUCAUUCUUGUUAGUAAUAUAUAUUUCGCCAUUGUAAAAUCGUUACAGAACUAAUUAGUUUUAGUAAUUAAAUAUAGUAUUUCAAAAAUAAAUAUUUUUAUAUUGGAUAUAA